AUGAUGGAGCUGCGGGAAGUUAACGAACUCGAACAGCUAGAUGAUUUUGAAAGGAACUCAUGGACGAGAACUAUCAGAGAUCGUCUAGAUCCUUUCACAACAUGGAGCGGUACAGGUUUCAAGCGCCGAUACCGUUUCUUGAAGGACACCGUACGGUUCAUUAUCGACACUGUGCGGCCUGACCUGCCGGCGAGCGAACUCAACUGUGCGAUCGCACCGGAGCUGCAAGUGCUUAGCGCGUUGCGACUCUUCGCAAAGGGCUGCUAUCAGGACGACGCCUCCGACAUGCACAGGUUCAGUCAGCCCACGCAGUCACGGAUCGUCAGAAGAGUUGCCGAAGCCCUAGCCAGCAGGCGGUCCACUUUCAUAAAAUUUCCGCUGUCCCCAGCCGAGCAAGAAGGGGCAAAGCACAAAUUCCAGAGAAUAUUUAGCUUCCCAUUGACCUUGGGUGUUAUAGAUGGCACCCAUGUGCGGAUUAAGAGCCCUGGCGGAUCGACUGCACAGAUGUAUAUCAUCAGGAAAGGAUAUCACUCCUUAAAUGUGCAGCUGGUGUGUGAUGCCGACGAAUACAUCACAAAUGUCGUUGCUCGGUGGCGGGGCAGUGCACAUGACUCAAGAAUAUGGGAAGAGUCAGAGCUCCACAGAAUAUUUUCCUCUGGUGCAAUAGAUGGAGUUCUCCUCGGGGACAACGGCUACGCUACGAGUGAGCACCUCCUGACCCCACUGCUCAUACCACGCACAGAAGCUGAAGAGCGGUAUAACAAUGCUCACCGUCGCACAAGGCAACUCAUUGAGCGUGUGAUUGGUCAGCUGAAAAAUAAAUUCCGCUGCCUCAUCAGAAAGCUUGAGACGAGCCUACAGACAACAAAGGCCGUCAUCGUUGCUGCAUGUGUCCUUCAUAACAUUGGAAAGACAUAUGAACGUGAGGAAGCCGACGAUGCCUCAAGCACGGGAGACGACAGUGCCUCUGAUGAUGAUGCUGACGUCCACCCUCCAGCGGCAGACACGUCAGACACAGAAGAAUAUGAAGUUCCUCCCAUUGGAAGUGGAAGGACAUUCCGUUCUAGUGUCAUUGAAAUAUAUUUUAAUUAUUAA